AUGCUCGGGUCCGCUCAUGUCCGCCUCGUACUCUCCUUAUCGGUGUUCGCGACUACCGUAAGUGCGUGUAGCGAGCAUCUACACGCUCACGGACACUCGCAUGACUAUGUCAAACGCGGUGCAUCUCUGAUAACCCCACCUACGCGCCCACUGGUCUGGGGAGAGCUUAAUGUCAUCCAUACCACGGACUCUCAUGGCUGGCUUCUUGGACACCAGAAGGCUUCCCCGCCUGAGCCAAAUUAUUCGGCAGACUUUGGUGACUUCGCAUCAUUUGUCGGCCAUAUGAAAGAGAUUGCCAAAGAGAAGGGCGUAGAUUUGCUUCUUGUCGACUCGGGUGAUGUGCAUGAUGGGACAGGCCUUUCAAACGGUUUCCUUCCCGGCGGCAUCGAUGGUCAUGAUAUGAACCAGUUCAUUAAACAACUUCCCUAUGACCUCCUCGCAAUUGGAAACCAUGAACUCUACGACUACAACAUCACCUUCGACACGCAUACUGACUUCGCACCGCACUGGAAUGGCCGAUACCUUUCCUCAAAUGUCAACAUCACCAUCCCCUCUUGCUCUAACCCUUCGCAAAAUGUCAGUGUGCCUGUGGGAGAGAGGUUUGCGAAAUUCACAACCGAGCUGGGAAAGAGGGUAACUAGUCUUGGUGUGAUAUUCGACUUUACUGGCAAUGAUGAUGGAACAACGGUCCAGAAGGUUGAGGAUAUGGUUAAGGAGCAAUGGUUCGCAGAGGCGAUCACAGAAGAGCCUGAUUUGUUCCUUCUCGCUGGACAUAUGCCAGUCUCGGAGGACAAUUGGCCGACAGUAUUCAAUGCCAUUCGUGCUGUGCACCCACAGACACCGAUUUUGAUCUUUGGAGGCCAUACCCAUAUCCGCGAUUGCACCCAGUUUGAUGGGCGCUCAAUGGCGCUUGAAAGCGGGAGGUAUAUGGAGACUGUCGGUGUGAAUUUCAGCCAGAUCUCGUCUACGGGAAAUCUCUCUUUCUCGCGUCGAUACCUUGAUGCCAACAAGCUCACCUACGAAUUCCAUACUAGCCGUGGCUACAAUAGUUUUGAUACUCGUAAUGGGCGCAAUAUGUCUCAGGGUCUGAGGGAGCUUGCAGAGAGAUUUGAUCUGAACUUCACAUUUGGUACCGCACCGCGGGAUUAUACACUUGAUCGGGACCCCUACCCAAGCAACGGGUCCGAGCUUACGCUUUUCGUUGAGCAGGUCAUUCCAACGGCCCUCCAGUUAAACACAACACAAACCGAUAUACCUGUGCCCUUUAUAGCUAUCAGUGGGUCUCAGCGAUUCGACAUCUUCGAGGGCGCGUUUACGAGGAACGACCAAUUUGCGACUUCGCCGGAUAUUAAUGCGUUCGUGUUCGUGAGUGGGGUAGAGUAUGGUGUUGCGAAGCAAGUCGUAGGGAGGUUGAAUGAGGACGAUGGGACCGCCGCAAAGAAAAAGAGGAGUACUAAGAAGAGGAGGGAGUGGAUGGAGAAGUUGUAUGAGAGGGGUGACAUUGGAAUGAGGUAUAGGGCUUGGCUUGAGGAUAUGGAUGUACAAUAUAGGGUUCUGUCGGGUGAAUUGGGAAGGAGGGACGAUAAUGGCACUGCCGAAACGAUGGGCUACGUUACAACUGAUUCAUGUCCAGGAAUAGGCGACGACACCAUCCACACACCACUCCCGUUCUUUCCCACCCCAGACUACAUCUCGUCACAAGAUUCCUCGUCAGACCCACCUGCAGGCGUCUCGGAUGACUCUACGCCAAUCAACUUAGUAUUCACUGACUUCGCGGAGCCGGACGUUCUGCAGGCCUUGAAUGAGAUCAUUUCUGAGCAAGGCGGAGGAAGGACAUUCAACGAGAGUGACGUAAGUCUAUACUCAAAUUUGAAGACUAAUAAUGUACUAGGUGUGUAUGCGAGUGUUGCCUGGAAUUGA